GUACGGGGAGGUCUGGGUCAAGGGGACGCCUUCCGGCAAGGCAAACUACGAGAAGGCCAAGGCCGACAAGGAGAGGUAUGCCCGCGGGCAGGUGGAAGCCGCGGCCCAGGCGGCCCUCCUCGUCGACUGCGACGGCACCCUGGCGGAGACCGAGCGCGACGGCCACCGUGUCGCCUUCAACCGGGCCUUCGAGGAGAAGGGCUACGGCUGCACGUGGGACGUGGACCUCUACGGGGAGCUGCUCACCACCGGCGGCGGGAAGGAGCGCAUGGCGCGGUACUUCGCCGACUACAACCCGGAGGCCUGGCCGCACCCGGACCCUCCGGCCAAGGACCACCCAGAGAUCGCCCGGCUGCACGAGCUCAAGACCGAGCUCUUCAUGGACAUCGUCCGCUCGGGCCAGCUGCCGCUGCGCGAGGGCGUGCGGGAGCUCUUGACGGCGGCCCGCGACGCUGGCUGGCCCAUCGCGGUGUGCUCCACCAGCAGCGAGAGCUCGGUGAGGGCCGUCGUGGAGACGCUGCUGCCCGACCUCGCCGCCUCCAUUCGGAUCUUCGCUGGCGACUGCGUGGCGAACAAGAAGCCCGACCCAGAGAUCUACCUUUUGGCCUCGCAGGAGCUGGGCCUGGCGCCCAUGAAGUGCGUGGUGCUGGAGGACACCAACAUCGGUGUGCAGGCGGGGAGGGAUGCUGGCAUGAACGUGAUCGCCACCAAGAGCUUCUACUCCAAGGACGAAGACUUUUCCGGCGCAGACAUCGUCGUCGACAGUGCAGCGGAGGUCGACUUCGGGCGGAGGGUGAGCUCGCUGCUGCCGCAGGCCAUGUUCGCCUGAGCCGCGCCCCUCGCAGCUUCCCGGGCCCUCGGGGCGUGCCCGAGGCCAGCGGGAACCCGGCGGGAGGGGCACCGAGCAGAAGAUGAGGAGGAGGGCGACUGACGGAAGCGGGCGCCCUGCCUCGGUUCGCGCGGCCGACGACGCCCAGCGCCUCGCGCCGCCCCUCGAUGCGAAAAAGAAGGGGCCAGAACGGAGGUGCCCCAAGGAGGGAAGGAGG